AUGCAAGCUACCGAACCGAACCGAUCGAUAGCACGCGCCGGUCGCCGGAGCCGGAUCGAUCGGUCCGUGUGGGUGGUGGUGUGUGGUGGCUGCUGGUGCCAGGCGGUAGCUUUUAACAGGGACAAGCUUCCUCCUCUUUUUCUCUUUGUUCUCUUCUCGGCGCGCUUUGUUCCCUUCCCUCGCGCCCUCUUCUUUUUUGCGCGCGCGGCCUGUCAUUCCCCUGGGGAUCAGCCUUACCUAGCGUUGCGUUGCCUUGCCUUGCCUCAUAUGGGGGCGACCUAUAGCUGAGCAAAGCGCCGGACAACAACAGGCUUUCGAUCGAUCGAUCUCCCUCUCUCUCUCUCUAUAUCCCACUCUACUCGUCAGGCCUUAAACGAGGAGAGACUAGAUAGAGAGGGCGAGAUCGAUCGUCUUCGUCAUCGUCGACGGCCAUGACAUGGUGCAACAGCUUCAACGACGUGCGUGCCGUGGAGAACAACCUGGCCACCGCCGCGGCCGUGGCCGCCGCCAAGAAACAGCAGCAGGCCUCCUCCCACGUCAACCUCAUCAGGACCUGCCCCUCCUGCGGCCACCGCGCGCAGUAUGAACAGGUGCAGGCGGCGGCGACGAUCCAGGACCUGCCGGGGCUGCCGGCCGGCGUGAAGUUCGAUCCGACGGACCAGGAGCUGCUGGAGCACCUGGAAGGGAAGGCGAGGCCGGACGCCCGGAAGCUGCACCCGCUCAUCGACGAGUUCAUCCCCACCAUCGAGGGCGAGAACGGCAUCUGCUACACGCAUCCGGAGAGGCUUCCUGGUGUCGGCAAGGACGGCCUCAUCCGGCACUUCUUCCACCGCCCGUCCAAGGCUUACACGACCGGGACGCGGAAGCGGCGGAAGGUCCACACCGACGAGCAGGGCGGCGAGACGCGGUGGCACAAGACGGGCAAGACCCGUCCCGUGUUCACCAACGGCAAACUCAAGGGCUACAAGAAGAUCCUGGUGCUCUACACCAACUACGGGAAGCAGCGGAAGCCCGAGAAGACGAACUGGGUGAUGCACCAGUACCACCUCGGCUCCGACGAGGAGGAGAAGGACGGCGAGCUCGUCGUCUCCAAGGUGUUCUACCAGACGCAGCCGAGGCAGUGCGGCAGCGGUUCGGCGACGGCCAAGGACGUCGUCCCGCUCGCUGCCGGCCUAGCGACGACUGAUCACCACCACCACCACCACCACCACCACCAUGAUGAUGAUGAUGGUGGCAAUGGCGGUAGUAACAACAGCAUGCUGAAGGAGGCAGGCAUCGUAGAUUUCUACAGCCCAGCGGCGCUAAUCGGCUACAACCAGGCAGUGGCUCCUACCAACAGGGCGGCGGCGGCUGCUUCUGCUCACCUGAUGCCUAACUUUGAGGUGCACACUACAGCGGGGACGGCUGGCUUUGGUCCCUGACCAAGAGAUGUGCAAGUGCAACUACUCGACUGAUAUAGGUUAGAGGCCGGGGAGAGUGAUGCAGGCAGAUAAUGCAUGGCACCGGAGUUUACUGAAAGCUGGACAAUAAGAGGAUCGGAAUAUAUGGCUGGACGUACAGAUGCUGAAGUGUAGGAAUCGAUACGACUAUACAUUGUUCAUUAAUUGUUACCACAUAAUACGUAACUUGACGCUAUCAAUUUUUUGUUUAAUGAUCUGUUGUUCCAUAAUAAGACGGUGGAGUUUAAUACUGUACUAUAUUAGUUCUUAAUUAACUACUAAAGGACUUGUACAUGUAUACAAAUCACUGUACACCUUUCUUUUGGAAGAAUAUAUCUGCUGUAUAAUUUUUGUUAUU